AUGGAACUUACCCCUCGCCCAUCGCCCACCGCCGUCCGCAAUGCUGGGUUCCAGGUUCCAGGUUCUAGCCCUUCCCGUCGCGUCUUCUACCGCCAAAAGUCACAAUCCGCCCGAGGGUUUCUCCCCUUCUUGACACCAGUCGGUGGACUUUGCCCGCGAUAUGCAGCACAGUGGGUACGCACAAAUCCACCCAACGAAGCCCCGAAGACGAGGGCCGCGAUGGUGAGUGCUACUGUUGGUCACAAGCUCAGCCCUCGACUUCCAAGUUCCCACCGUCUAGGGCAGAAGAAGAGCACCGGCCCCAUCGGAUCGGUUCUCGAGCCACGUUCGGGCCACAGUGAAGCCAUGCUGGAUACAGAAGUUCACCCUCGUCUGUCCAGUGACAGGUGA